AUAUUUUCAUUGCAGGGUUUGUUGACAUUCCGCGAUGUGGCUGUGGAUUUCUCCUCGGAGGAGUGGGAAUGCCUGGAUUCUGCUCAGAGGGCUUUGUACAUUGGUGUGAUGUUGGAGAAUUACAGCAACCUGGUGUCUGUGGGUAUUAUUAUGUGCAAGACAGACCUGGUCCCCUGUUUGGAGCAAAUUUGCAUGCCCUGGAAGGUGAAGAGAGAGAAGAUGGUGACCAAACCAGGUAGAGAGAAGCAUCAAGUGUGCAGUGAAUCUGAGAAGGUCUUGGAUCCAGAUUCAAAGAGUAUCAUCUACGAGUAUGUGGAUAUGCAGUGGAAGUCCAGUGAAUGUAAUGAACUUGGCAAAAUGCUUCAGGAAUCUUCCAGAUGGAUACUUUGCAAAGCAAAUAAUACUCCAGAAAUCUGCAACAAAUACAGAUUUGGUAACUACGGGGAUGCCUGUAUUGAAUCACCAAACCUCAGUAGACAUAAAAGUAUACACACUGGAGAAGAACCUUUUAAAUAUAAAGACUAUGGCAAAUCUUUAAGUUUAUUUUCAAAUGUAAGUCAGAGUCAUGGAAUCUACAUAGGAGAGAAAGUAUAUAAAGAAUGUGAUAAAACUUUUCGCUUUACCCCAAAACUUGUACAACUAAAAAUCCAUAGUGGAGAAAACCCACGUAGAACAGGAUUCAGGACCUGCUCAAGCCUCAGUACAUAUCAGAGAACUUAUACUGGAGAGAAACCAUGGAUAUGCACAGAAUAUAACAUGGUCUUUAGGUGGCUGUCAGAUCUUAAAACCCAUUACAGAGUCCAUCCUGGAGAAAAGCCUUUCAAAUGUAAGGAAUGGGACAAAUCCAUCACCUUCUGUUCCUCUCUUAGAGAACACGAGAACCUCCAUGAGGAAAAAUUGUACAAAUGUUUGGAAUGUGACAAAUCCUUUACCCGGUGCUCAUCUCUUAGAGCACAUGGAAAAAUUCAUACUGGAGAGAAACCUUUCAAAUGUAAGGAAUGCAUUAAAUCCUUUUAUAUGCUCUCCCAACUUAGGAAACAUGCCAGAAUACAUACUGGAGAGAAACCAUACAAAUGUAAGGAAUGUGAAAAAUCUUUUACUUACUCCUCAUCUCUUAGAGAACACCAAAACAUGCAUGCUGGAAAACUAUAUAAAUGUCAGGAAUGUGACAAAUCCUUUACCCGGUGCUCAUCUCUUAGAGCUCAUGAAAAAAUUCACACUGGAAAGAAACCUUUCAAGUGUAAGGAAUGUGGUAAGUCCUUUUAUAUGUUGUCCCAACUUGGAAAACAUGCCAGAACUCAUACUGGAGAGAAACCAUACAAAUGCAAGGAGUGUGAGAAAUCUUUUACCCAGUGUUCAACACUUAGGAUACAUCAGAAAAUUCACGCUGGAGAGAAACCCUACAAAUGUAAAGAAUGUGGUAAGUGCUUUUAUAAGUUGUCAUACCUUAAAGUACAUUACAGAACCCAUACUGGAGAGAAACCUUACCAAUGUAACGAGUGUGGGAAGGGCUUUUCCCAGUUGUCCUGUCUUAAAAGCCAUGAAAGAAUCCAUACUGGAGAGAAACCUUACAAAUGCAAUGAAUGUGACAAAUCCUUUGCACAUUGCUCAACUUGUAGGAGACAUCAGAGCACUCAUGCUGCAAAGCUUUACAAAUGUGGGGAAUGUGACAAAUCUUUCGCCAAAUAUUCAUCUUUCAGAACACAUCAGAAAGUCCAUGCCGAAGAGAAACCUCAUGUUUGUAAAGAAUGUGGUAAGACCUUCUAUCUACUAUCACAUCUGAAAGUUCAUUACAGAAUCCAUACUGGAGAGAAACUUUACAAAUGUGAUGAAUGUGAGAAAUCAUUUACAAAAUGUUCAUCGCUCAGAACACAUCAGAAAAUUCAUACAGGAGAGAAACCUCAUGCUUGUAAAGAAUGUGGCAAGGCCUUCUAUCAUUUAUCACACCUUAAUAUCCAUUACAGAACUCAUACAGGAGAGAAACCUUACAAAUGUAGUGAAUGUGACAAAUCCUUUACCACACUGGCAAACCUUAGAAGACAUCACAAAAUUCAUUCCGGGAAAAAAACUUUCCACAGUAAAUAAUGUGGUAUAUGCUUUUUCCAGAGGGCUGUUCUUAGUGACCACUGCAGGUUCCACUCCAGAGAAACAUUAUGAACAUGAGAGACCUGGGGAAACCUUUAUGGAAUAUUUAAAUCUUAGAAAACAUCAAGAGUUUAUAGUGAAGAAAAAUUCUGAAAUGUUUCACUGUCGGAAGCCUUUCAUCACAUUUUACUUGUUCAACCUAAAAAUUGAAGACAAUAUGUGUUAAUCUAAAGAAUGUCAUCAAGCCUUUAGUUAUUCCCUGAAAUGACAUACAGCAGAAAAUUCGUAUUAGAGAGACAUUCAUGUUUAUGUUUGCCAUUGUGCUACAUUUAUGCCUUGCUGCAUACUAGAAAUACCUCUUGAGACCCCGAAGAAAUAACAUUGAAUUUGUCAAAGCCUUUUCCUACUAGACAUCUGGAAAUUCUUCUUGAAGGAAAACCCAAUAGAGUGCUUUAAUAAAGACACCCUUUUCUUUUUUUACCUUUAAAAUAUUCAUUCUGGAGUGAAAACCUGUCAAUAGCAAGAUGGCAAUAACUUUACAGUGAUAAUCUGUAGCUGUGACAACAUGUAUGUUCAUGCACAGGUAGAAAAUCCCCAAGAACGUACAGGAAAAUUAUUUUUCAGUAUUCAAGAAAGUUGGGGAAGUAUUUAGUAAAACCACAGAGCAUAGUAAUAGUAGAAGUUUCAUAUACAAAUACUAAAACACAAAAGUUUGUAGGCUUAGUCAAGCCAGUGCACUGUAUUAGCAGAUGGUUAUGUGAUAAUUGGUAUCAAAGUUGCUCCUUCAGAGCUGAAGAACUCAAGACAGGAGUCACAAAAGUUAGUAGGGACUGACCAUAAUCAUCAGGGGACGUCAAUUGUCUGCACAGACUUAAUGCCAAUUUCAGGCACUCCCUGGAUCAGAGCUCCUUUGCACACAGAUCCUACACAUAUCAAAGCCCCUUUAAUAACCUUUCAAUAGUUUUCUUCAUUCCUUAUCACUUAAAAGCAAUUCUUAGCAGGUGGUAGUGGUACAGGCCUUUAAUUCAAGCACUUAUGUUGGGAGAGUGUAGACGCAUGUGCAUCUCUGAGUUUGAGGCUAGCCUGAUCUACAGGGUGAGUUCCAGGACAGCCAAAGCUACACGGAAACCCUGUCUCAAAGAUAGAACACACACAUACACACCCACAGACCAAUUCUUCCUACUUGAGCAGAAUUUUGUCUUGGAAACCCUCCACUUUCAGAAGUUACUUUAUUUGUAAUAAAUACUGGUUGGAAGCAAACCUACUUCUGUUGACUACACCUGGAAGCGGUAUGAAAGUACAUUCUGGGAACAACACCAUGUUAUGGAAAAACAGUGUCUUGGAGGUUUCCCAUAAGCACUCAGAACUCUCCUUACAUUGGAUCAUUCAUGGACUAUAUUAUGAUAUCUUAUCCAUUUUAUCUUUUGAACUCAGUAUAUGUCUACAGUGAUUUCCAUUCAAGAUAUUGUAGAUAAGUCUAAUUAUUUGAUGCAUGAGUAUUCUAUAAAUAAGCAAAUUAUCAACACAAUAAUAUUAGGACAAUGAAAGCAUUAUUUGUUAUAAUCUGCACCAGCAAUGGGAUUCUUCCUAAUGAUUUAGCUAUUCCAUCAGCCAAAUCCUCAUAAGAAACAGUUGAUAAGCUAUCUGAAAAUGUUAAAAACAUUAAAUUUUAAAUUCCCUUGGAAA